UGACACGCCAAGAGCGCGUAGAGGCGGAGCUUAUAAUAAUCCGAUGCUCUGAUUGGUCGGAAGUCUCACGCCGGCUAGUGUACAAAGAUUAUCGGCGUGUGAGUGUAUAAAAGCGCGUGCGAUUGUUUCGGUGGCAUACACGCAAAGCGCUCACUUCAAGUAACUAAGACUCGCGAGCCGGGCAGACGAACAAAUAUGACGACAACUCUUUGUAACUUAGUACCAAUCCGUCCAGCGGAUUCGAUUAAAACUGAGGGUGGCCAACUUACAACCUGCAACUUAGUGCUUCUGCAGACAGUCCCUAUGUCACAUACUGUCACCCUUUCGCCAACUGGAUCUACUGGAAGUACAGGCUCAACUCCAAACACAAACAGUUCGGGGAAACGACUACUGAAACGCGCAGCACCAGACCAGCCAGAACAGCUCAGAUGCAAAAGAAGACUUGACUUUAACAAAUACAAUCUACCAAAGCCUGCACCUCAGCAAGUUGCACGUCGUAACGAACGUGAGAGAAACCGAGUGAAACUAGUUAACCUUGGAUUCAACACUCUGAGGGAACACGUACCAGAGGGCCAGAAAAAUAAGAAAAUGAGCAAAGUAGAAACACUACGUUCGGCCGUUGAAUACAUCAAACACCUACAGGAGCUCCUAGAUGAGAAUGACGCCAUCAAUGCAGCCUUUAAUAGCCAAAUGCAACAUUCUCCAAUCGACUCUCUCCACGGACAAGCAUCCCCAGGAUAUUCGUCUGACUCUAGCGGAGGAUACAAUUACAGUAACGAGUUCGAGCAAGCGCCCCUUUCCCCCGAGGAGCAAGAGCUACUGAGUACUAUAGAUUGGUUCCAGUGAGGCAACGAUUUAAACAAGGAUUUAAAUCCGAGAAAAUCCCUCUGAAUGGUCGUGGCCAUAGCAACGAACUUCACAAUUGUGCCCCGAGACAAAAGCAGGACUACUUUCCUCGGCGGAGCUAGACAGCGGAUUAAGCCGCGUCACACUUGCGAAGUGCCAGUCGCGCGCCGGCACGUGACGCAAGCCAAUAACAUUUCGGGACUUUGUGCAACGAUUUAUUUAACACUGAAACAAUGUAAAUAGACAACUAUACAAAAUAGAAACAGUGUAUAUAUGUAAAUAUUACAUGAAUAUGUACAAACGUGUACAUAAGACUGCUGCUAGGAUACAAAACACAACAAACAUUUACAAUAAUUAAAGUGCUUCCCUAGAAAUAUUCACUGCUUUGCUGAUUUCUACAUCACGUGACUAAGAUGUUGUAACUUUGAUAAAAGUUUAUACUUGACAGUUUCCAAUGUUUAACAAAUGAAAAUAUUUAC